UUCACUCCAUACUUUCUAGAAAACACCAAAAGAUCAAAAAGAGAGAGAGAGAGAGAGAGAGGAGCCUCUUUUUCAAGCGCCACCACCCCUCCACGGCGGUUCUCCACCACCCUCCGCCGUGGUUGCCGACAUCAUUCAUCAGAGUAAUUGAAAUACACAUAGAUUCUCUUUUCAAGAUUAUGGGAGAGCCAGAAAAGAAUAUUAAUAACCUAUGUGAGAAGGCAAUAAUCACAGCAUCAACCCCAUCAUCGUCAUCAUUCACAUCUUCUCCUUCAUCCCUGUCCGACGAGGAGCUGCAGCGCUUAGAGCAGGCACCGCCCUUCUGGAGGAACCCCAAUACAAAGAGAUUGUCAAAGCAGUUAUCCAUGUGCGAGAUCCCUCGUGACAUUGCAUGGGAGAGGCGACGCAGGCAGUUUCUUCGUCAGGAGCGAAGGAAAAACGGGAUCAACCAGGAGGCCGAUGUUUUGACAGAUGAGGAUCUAAAUGAGCUGAAAGGCUGCAUAGAGCUAGGUUUUGGGUUCAAUGAAGAGGAUGGCCAGCGCCUUUGCACAACCAUUCCCGCCCUUGACCUUUACUUUGCAGUCAAUCGACAAUUUUCUACCAGCCCCCUCUCUAGCCCAGCUAGCAACGGCUCCGCCCCAUCAUUAGGCGGCUCCACCACCUCCGGCUCCUCCGUGUCUGGUCUAGGAGGCCGCUCCUCCUCGUUUGGCGGCCCAAUUAGCGAUUCCGAUUGGAAGAUUUGCAGCCCAGGUGAUGAUCCUCAGCACGUGAAGACAAAGCUAAGGCAUUGGGCACAAGCAGUCGCAUGUUCUGUGAGGCAGUCCUCUUGAGGAUGUGAUAUGGAUUGUACAGAGGGAGGGGGGAAGAGAGAGAGAGGGAGAGAGAGAGGGAUUGGGCAUGGUAUAUAUAAGAAAUUCUUGAUUGGGUACAUGCAUAGGCCAUAAGAUAGUUUUUUUUUUUUUUUUUUUUUUUUUUUUCCCUUUUUUUUUCUUUUUUCCCUUUUUUUUUUUUUUUGCUUCUUAUUUUCGGAAAAGAGAACCACUAACACAUUCUUCUUGCCCACAACUUUGUGCUUAAUUUGUACGUUCAUGUCUAUGAAAAUGUUCUUAGCUAGGGCUUGAUUAUGAUGGUGAGAUUAAUGGAUGAGCAUCUCUAAUUUGUAGCAUCCAAGAAUAAGUAGCCAACAGUUGUGGGUUCCACAAUAUCCUUUGCUACUUCACUUCCAAGUUUGUGUUUGAUAUUACAAUUACUUCUAGGUUCAAACAA